CGCGCUCCCGCUCUCCGUCCGGCAGUCGAGCGCCGCACUCCUCCCGCGCGGUCUUCGCACCUGCGCGUGAACGAGGAAAGCGAGGCUACAACGAGCGCGUCCCCACCGUCCCAGAAUUGUCCCUGGCCCUUCCUGCUCUCUUCUUUUCCCGCCUACGGGGGCGGGCACAAAGCCGUGGCGGCCUUUGCGUUGCCACACGGGGGUGGGGUGGGGAGGUGGGUGCUUGUCACCCUGGAAACCUGCAACAACUCCGGCUUUUGUCAGGCGCCUCGAGCAGGAAAGAUUAUCUGUGGUGAGGAAAACAAAGACUAAAGAAGACUUGGAAAAUCAUUGGAGGAUUACAAACAGAAGAUGUUACCUGAAAUUCCCAUAAAAUUAUAUGACAGGCUGGGGGCUUGCGCAAUAUAAGCCUUUUCCGGUAGCACUCUGAGACUAGCUAUUCCUCCUUCCCUAUCAUUUCAGUUCCAAAGCAGGAAGUGGGUGGUGAUGAAACUCAUUUGCUGUGAAAGCUGUGAGCCCACUGCUAGAUGAUCCUUUUUUCUGCUCCCUGGUAUACAGCCACACUAUAGAAAAGCCUCCUCUCUCUUAUCUGAGGUGUUAAGCUUUCCAUAAUUAAGUGUUUCAAUCACUGCUUGUACCAAGACCUUGAGGAGCUCUUGCAAGGACCAGUAUAAUAUUAUAGCACUUGCUUGCCACCUGGAUCUUCUGUUUUCAAAAACUGAUGACUGAAUUUUAAAAGGAGGUGUAUUUCUGCUUACCACCUGCCAGUACCUUUCAGACCAGAGUUAGCUUGUGAAAUAUAUUUCCUGUGUUUAGUAAACAUGUCAGACACAAUGAAGGAUAAAAUGGCCCGCUUGUGGAAGACGCGAGGCAGCAUAUCGUCUCUGGGGAGUCAUGAGGUCAAAGCAAAAGAAUUUCUUGGUAAAACUAAAGACUCCAUCAGCACAGUUUCCUACAUAGAUGAACCUGGCCAUCAUGAUGAUAUCCUUCGUCCUGCUAUUCAGAUGGAGAACACAUACCAGUUGGGUCCUACAAAAUGCUUUCCAGUGGUCACGGUGAAUAAUAUCUUGAAGGAUGUGGUAUCAAGUUAUCUUCAGGAAGAAAAAUAUGAGGCUGAAUUGUGCAGACAAAUGACAAAGACUAUCUCUGAGGUAAUUAAGGCUCGGAUAAAAGACCUGAUGAUACCAAGAUACAAAAUUAUUGUGAUUAUAUAUAUUGGACAACUAGAGAAGCAGAGCAUACUGAUUGGAAGCAGGUGCCUCUGGGACACUACAAGUGACACUUUUUCAUCAUACUCUUUCAAAAAUAGGUCGUUGUUUGCUCUUGCAAAUGUCUAUGCAAUUUACUCUGAGUAACAAAAGAAGGUUCAGUAUAUAGGAUGUGUUAGCUGAGGCCACAAGAAGACACCAUUUUUUUGUGGCUCUCCUUUGCAUGUUUAUGUGGGAUGAAGCACCAAUGAAAAUAAUUACAGGACAUAUAUCUGAGUUAAACCUGCAGAUGAUUGUUCUGCUUAUUUGGGUUUGCUAAACAGAGUAGUUCUAUUUUAUAGGUGCUGAAGGUAGUAAUUUAUUUUUAAAAUAGCAGAAAGUAAUACAACUGGUGUAAUUCUCACUGCAGAUGCAUAAGCAUAACUAGGAAAAAUAUUACAGUAACUUUAAGGCAAAUAAAAUUUAUUUAGCAGACACUUUUGGGUACUGCAGCCCACUUCUUCAGAUGCAAGAAAUACAGAUUCAGUAGACAAACAUAUAUGUGGGAUGAAAAUGUUUUUGAAGGAUGUAUUAAUAAUAAUUAGAGGGGGUAUUCAUAUUCAUAUAUGAAUA